UCGAUGGGAUCUAGGCUUCCUUGCCCUCUGUCUUCUCUUUGCUUUUCCCCUUUCUGUUGCUCGUGAGGUAUGCUUCUUGCUUGCUUCGAUCCCUCGCUCUCGGUUGCUUGGAUCGGUGCCUGUGCCUGUACGUGCGCUUGAGGUCCGCGUUACAUGUCGGUGGGCUGGGCUGUUUGGCCGGUUACUUUUUAGUCGACUGAAGCGAUAUUGGUCAUGCUGUCUCCUCCUUGAUUUGUUGUUCCUUUUUGGAUAGUCGCUUUCUAUGACGGUGCAAUCGACAGGAGAUGUUGAUACCCCUUUUCCUCAAACCCUCCUCGGAUUGGUUGUAGCUAUUGAUUUCUUUUUCCACGAUUUUAGCGCUGCCAUGGCCUUUUCCCAAAAAUCUUUGUUUGGGUAUUUCGCGCAUCGCAUUUGGCUGCUAGGUUUGGUCGGCAGCUGUCUUUGCGUUUCUCUAUUUGCCUGUGUUUGUGCUGCCCCUUGUUUGCUUGUUCGUCCUCUCCCUCUUUUAUUUCUUUUAGUGGAUCUGUGCUGAUGGCUCACUGUUGCGCUUGUUGAAGCGAUGGAUUAGCAAAUAGGAGUGGAUUUCAAUAUGCUCUUCCCUGGCUGCACUUCUUGUGCUUGCUUGUUUCUUUGUGUUUAUUUCGACGCGUGCUUGUCCAUUGGUCCUUGUGAUUACAAAACUCGAGAACCUGAUGUUACUCCCUGUUUCCUGCUUGCUGCUUGGAUAUAUGGCUUCUUUUGUCCCUCUUUUCCCCCCUCCUUUUCCGCCCUUUUAGCUCCUUUCCGACCUCCCCUCCGUCCCCCCCUGCUCUUUUUCCCCCUUCUUUUAGUUUUUAUCUGUACACAGGGAAGGAGAGAAGAAACAUAACGGAUGGCGCACAAACUGAGCUUUUUUCCUUUUGUUUUCUUCUUUGUCUCUGCUCGUUUGUGUGCUGCAGUGACGAAGUGGUUAGAGGGGAUCCAUUCCAGCCUGUUGUUGCUUGUUGCGUCAGCGAAGGUAUAGCGCAGGGAAAUUCGUUCGAGUUUGCUUCUGUUUGGCAGUUCUGCUUGCUUCCUGCCGUGGUCCUUCCUGUUAUUGAAUCUGCAAGGAGCGUGGUGCAUAGGCAAUUUUACUGCUUUCGGAUCUGAAGAUGACAUUCGAUCCACUCGCCACACUCCAUCCGAAAUCCAAACACUCGACAGUUUGCGUCCGUGUCUCACGGAAAUGGGAGUAUCGUGGUGGCACCGACGAUGGACCAAUAGCUCACAUAGACCUUGUGCUUGCCGAUGAAAAGGGAGAUGCCAUAUAUGCUGAGAUACCAAGCUCUGAAGUGGAUGUCAUAAGUCCUUUGAUCGAAGAAGGUGGCAUCUAUAUCAUCAGCCGUUUUAGAGUAUCAAGGGCCAAAUCUCUGUACAGGCCAAUUGAUGCACCUUACAUGAUUGAGUUCACAUGCUACACCAAGGUAUAUCCAGCAAAUAACCUGCCUGAAACAUUCCCAAGAUAUGUCUAUAACCUCACACCUUUUGCCGAGCUACCAAAAUACGCUGGUGAAAACAAAUACUUCCUAGAUGUCCUUGGAAUCAUCUCCGAAGUUUCUGACACAACUUUGCUACAACUACCAAAUCAAUCAGCUGCCACUCUAAACAGAAACAUAAUCCUCAAGGAUCUCAGCAAUGUCGAGAUUAAGUUAACCUUAUGGGGACAGCGUGCUGCUGAGUUUACCAUCGAUGAAGUUUACAAUGAAGAACAAGGUAAACCAAUUGUUGUGCUCAUCGUUGGCAACCUCAUGAAAAGUUUCGCUGGUGAAGAAUACCUAAGUGGAAAUACUGCAUGCCGUUGGUAUUUUAACCCUGCAAUUCCAGAAGCUGAAGAGUUUUAUAACAGCACUCACAACCAGCGGCUCACAAUCAAGCGUACCGCUGCUCCUCCACAUCAAACAGCACGACUACAAGGAUCACUACAGCUCGAAGAUAAGCAUCUCCUUGACUUAGAAACAAUGGACCCAUAUGAUUUUCCGAUAUGCAUGGUGCAUGUCAUCGCUGCUACUGCCUAUUAAAACACCUAUACAUACCAUAACAAUACCACCCCCUAUACUCAAACAACACAUCAGAAUUAAUAUCCUUUCCAACGCUAAUUGCACCUUCUGACAAUUACUUAAUAUUUUCUCAUCAUAGGAAGGUGGAUGCCGCUGCACCGUUACUAUAACACGCCUAAUCUUGACCACACCAUGGUGGUUCCCAUCAUGUAACAGAUGCAACAGAGCCUGCACACCAAGUGGCGAUGGUUACAAAUGCAACACAUGUUCCUGUACUGGCUAUCGCUUCAAGUACAAACUGUCCUUCAUUGCAAACGAUGGAACUGCAGAAGCUGAAAUGAUAGCUUUCGGAGAAGUUGCUCGCCGCAUUGUUGGUAAACCAGUCCAGCAGGUGUUGAGAUCAGCAAGAUUCGCAAAUGACACACCCCCCGAUAUUGCAGCCAUAGUAUCCUUAAAAUUCGCCUUUGCAGUUGCUCUAACAGAGCAGAGCUACUAUAAUCCCAAGAGAACAUACCAGAUCACUUCCAUCGUCGCUUCUUAUGGGAGACAACAUACAGUCCCACAUAUAAAACUCAACCAGCCCAAGCAACUACCAAUCUGCCACACAGCUGACCCAAUACUCCAGCAACACACCUAUAGCACCAAUCCUGAUGCUACUUUACCCGAUGGUAGUGUUCCAUCUGGAAUCAAGAGCGGUGCAUCUUCAUCGCAGCCAGAAACACAGAAAACACCUACAAAAGAUAUACCAGCAGAUAAUACCCCUCCACCUCCGCUGGAAUACGACGAAUCACCUCUGAAGAAACCUGUCCUUCCAGAUCCCAUUGAUCUCCCUAAACACUCAAGUGCUCGAAAAAGAUUGUUUAAAGAUACAACAGAUCCUCCAAAGGC